CUCCAAUGUUCAAUCCCUUAAUAAUACUAUGACUAGUAAUCAGAAAAAUGGUUCAAGAAAAGGAUUUAAGAAAAAAUUUUCCAAGAUAUUCAGAUCAAAGAGUAGAAAAUACACUAAAUCAACAAACUCGUUUUCAGAGAAGAGGAGACAUCCUAUUAGGAUAAAUGGACUUGUAAAUUUAGAUGUUCUGAAAAAAGAUAACAACUCAACUAUUCAACAAAACCUAGAAGUUUACAGUAAAGCCAACAAGGUAUUCAAGUUAUCGAGAAAUAGCUCUGGUCUGAAUUCAAAUCAAAUUAAUGACAAUUCUGUAACUAUUGAAUCAAGAAAAUGUCCAAGCUCUAAUUUAAAUAACACUCAAGAAGUCUCUGCUUCCUUACUUGGAGUAGCAGACCCUUUGCAAAGAGAAGAUAAUUCGGAUAUUAGACGACCAGUGAUAAAGUCAAAGUUCCAGAAUUAUGUAAGAAACAGUAGCAAUAAGUCUUUGCUAUCAUUCGAUGCAAAUUUAAAAAUCAACCUUGGAGAUUUGGCAAAGGAACGACUCAAAAUUUGCAAGAAUAAUGAUUUCAAAAUCCCUAAUCAGCGAUGUAGCGAGUUGAAACUUGCUUAUAGGCAAAAGACCUCCUCUAGUAACUAUUCAAGCAUCUACAAAACAGUAGAUAACGACUGCGGAAGGAAUAACUCAAGUAUGUCAAGCCAAUAUUAUGGGGCCAAACACAAGGUGUUACCAGCAAAUAAAGUUGUAUACAGAGAUUUCAAAAGAAAAAUGCUUAAGCUCAAAAAUAUCCAGAAGCUUGGCUCUAGAAGAGACUCCUCAAAGAGACUAGUCAAGCUGCAGAAGAUAGACAAAAAUAAUGGAAACUCUCUAAGAGCUGGACAAAAGAGGUUGAAUAGGAGCUCUACUAUGAAGGAGAAUUCAGGGAAAAACUACCACAGCAAUCAUUUGGUAAAUAGAACCAUAGAAUAUCAUGAGAAGACAAUGAUUGAAGAGUAUACCAACACUAGCAUUCCUGAGUUCACUCUCGGUCCAGACACGUUCCUCAAAGAUGAGCCUCCAAAGCCAUUGUCAGUCAACAGAAUGGGAUUCUACGAAGACUGAAGAAGUUUAGAGGCAUGAAUCUCUCCAAUAAAGCAAUGUUCAGAAGUUGUUCAAGAAAAUAUUUUAAAUUUAAAUCUUGAAGAAGUUAAAUAAACUUCCAGAAGAAAGCUCUCAAAAAGAAGGCUCUGAUGAAAAUGAGUUUUAUGAUAACAACGGAGUAUUAUCUGGCCCAUCUUCUGACAAGCAAGAUAGCACAAAGAAGUACAUAGAACUAGUUGACAGCUUCCGGAAUGGAGGAAGGACUGUAGAAUUUGAAACUCCUAGUUUCAAAAUUCAAACUGAAGAAACUCAAGGUAAAAAGCAAUGCAUGAAAUUUGAAGAAAUUAUCAAAGAAGAGAAUAAAAGCACUCAAAGAAGUUCAAAUCUGCUCAAUAGUUUCUGAAGAAACUCAAGUGAAAUACAAUCGCAGAGAAAAUCGACAGCUACUCAAGCUGAAACUGAUGCAAUAGAUUCUUUCAGACCAAAUCAUAGGAGUUUCAAAAAUCCAAAAGCUGAGUUUUCGGAGAGUCACAAAGCUCAAUCCUCUAAAGAAAUAUGAAUUCCAAAUAGUAUAGCAAGACUUGAGGGAAGAAAUGCAAGUCUCAGAUUGAACUAAAUAUCCAAGUUGAAGAGUCCAAGGAUAUUUCUUAGUGAAAUAAGCAAUAAUUGAUUCAUAUUCCUCUCUGUAAUAUCACAUCAACUCAAGAACAUAGCUUAAGAAGUUCUAUUGGAGAGGACUUAAGAGGUAUCCUAAUGCUUGCUAAUAAUUUAUGGUCAAAUUUAAAAAUCCAUGCAU